CUUAUAUUGGUUGACAUCACCAUCUAGACUCUACUAGUUGAACUUAAACUUCGUGAAUUUCUAUCAAAGCUGUUCCACUACAAACAUACAUAGUACCAAUAGUCCCUUAAAGAAAUCAUAUUUUUUCUUUCCUUUUUUUCACCUUAGAAACUUAAGACUUGCUCUGUUUUUUAAAUAUACAGACCCUAACUAAUCCUCUCUUCUCAUUCUCUUACAAUAAUGAUUAUCCGUCGUUAUGGCUAGCCAUCAGUUUCCUACCCUCGAUCCCUCUCGUCCCGUUGGUGCCCCCUCAACAUCUUCUAACACGCCACGGUCUACAAGCCAAGCGCCUACAAGCCAAGCGCCGAAGAAAAAGCAUCGUGCUGGUCGAAAACAUAAAAAGUCGAGAAGAAAGUCCUUUGCCGUUCCACCCGGGGACAUACCAGGCGAGGGCUUACCGACCAGUAGUCAUGCCGGUAACAAAGAUGGCCUAUACAUGCAUAGGACGAAUCUGAGUAAUACGAGCAUGGAAAGCGAAGCGCUUCUUGACCACAGAGAGCACCAGUAUCCACGCGCCCGACGACCUUCCACCCUUACGGCCUCACUCCACAUGUCGCAAUCUACAAGUCGGCCACGUACAGUGCCAGGCGGGCGGGCUCUUGGGGACGAAGACGAAGACGAAGACGAAGAUGGCGAUGACGGUACAAAUGAAUCGGCGCCAUUGCUGUCUAGCUCAUCUCGGAUGGAGGGCGACUCGGCGCGAGGGUAUGGUGGCUCAAGCGAUGGACGGCGUAGAGUCGAUACAUCUGUCAGCCGCCCUGCAUCUACCAAAUCGGGCAAGAGGCCUCAGCUACCCCCCAUGACGCCAUCCGAGAGAUACAAUAUCAAUUAUCCGCCCUCGAUGCCCGGCUCUCCUACAUUAGGACCGUCCGAUCGGAUGGAUGUGGGCUUUGGGGAUGUUAUGAUGAGGGAUGAACUCGUGGAGAAUGCUUCUAGUCCUCAUAGCAUGCUCGAGACAGACCUUGAUCCACUACACGAACUCCCUUUCGAGAGGCGCCAUACGAUUGCGCUACAAGCACAGGAAGACGUUUGCUUUCCUCAAGAGGGGUUGUCCGAACUUGCCGAGGAGGAUGCCCAGCAAGCUCGUGAUAAUCCCAGCCGGACUCGGCGUCGAAGAAGGACUAAGUGGCCAGACUUGUCCAUCCUCGAAGAGUGGUCCAGACUGGAGAAGGAGGGCCGGAGUGAGGAAAGGCGCAUGAAGAAGAUUACAGAGCCACAGUUAGUGAAUGGUAGGCUGCGACCAGUCCACAAGGGCUGGUAUCGAAUAGAAGAGGAUGCUCCCUAUCGCUUCACUUACUUUAACGAGGAGUUCCAGAGCACCAUUCACAGCCAGAGUAUAUCCGAGCUUGUUCAGCCGGAGACCAAUUUCAAGGAGCUUUUUGUCCCGGAACCUCCACUCUUGUCAGAUUCGUCUGAUGAAUCGGACGAUGAACCCCUCGUUGGAGUAGCUAGCUCAGUGAGAAAUGGUGAUCCAAUGCCCAGAGGCUCGACUAGACAACAAUCAUUCACACCAAACAAUCCGGCAUUCGAACUGAGUCCAGGUACCACACCCAAGCUCACAGCUUCUAUGGGCCCUUCUAGAGACAAUUCGGGUGACCCAAGCCCGAUGCGGUCCAGAUCUCCCUUUCCCAGUAUCAAGUCACCGUUCACGAAUGGAGACAAGCAACCGCGAUACGGGGAGCGUCCAGUUUGGUGGUUAGACGUUCUGAGCCCUACCGAAGCAGAGAUGAAAGUGCUCUCGAAAGCCUUCGGAAUCCACCCCUUGACUUCUGAAGACAUCAUGCUCCAGGAACAGCGGGAGAAGGUUGAACUUUUCCGGCACUACUAUUUCGUCAACUACAGAUCUUUUGACCAGGAUGCUGAAUCAGAAAACCACCUAGAGCCGGUCAACAUGUAUGUCGUGGUGUUCCGCGAAGGUGUCAUCUCAUUUCACUUCAGUCAGACUCCACACCCGGCCAACGUUCGCCGUAGAAUCCGCCAGCUUAAGGACUUCAUGAUUCUCAGCUCCGAUUGGAUUAGCUAUGCGAUCAUUGAUGAUAUCACCGACGUCUACCUACCUCUCAUUCAGACCAUUGAGGACGAAGUAGAUGAUAUUGAUGACAGAAUCUUGCAGCUUCAUUCUUCCUCCGAUCCCUCCUCGUCGAGUAUCGAUGAGAGGAGGCAGAACGAAAAUGAGAAAGGUAAUUCUGCCGAAGGGGGUGCCAGUGGAGAUAUGCUGCGUCGUGUAGGUGAUUGUAGAAAGAAGGUGAUGAGUCUGUACCGAUUACUCGGGAACAAGGCCGACGUCAUCAAGGGGUUCGCGAAACGCUGCAACGAACACUGGGAGGUGGCACCACGAUCCGAGAUCGGGCUUUACCUUGGCGACAUCCAAGACCAUAUUGUGACUAUGACGGCUAACCUAAGUCACUACGAGUUGAUACUUGCCCGGUGCCAUGCCAACUACAUAGCGCAGAUCAACAUCAAAAUGAACGAGAGACAAGAACAAACGGCGGAUGUCCUCGGUAAGCUCACGGUGCUUGGUACCAUUGUCCUACCAAUGAACAUCAUCACGGGUCUCUGGGGCAUGAACGUAUGGGUGCCCGGACAGGAGUAUGAGGGCGACCUAAAGUGGUUUUUCGCAAUCACGGCAGGGCUGAUCUUCUUUGGGCUCGCCUGCUUCACCAUUGCAAAGAGAGUAUACAACAUUGUCUAAAGAGCGGAUGGCUUAGAGUCUUUGAAAGGGACAUGAUAUAGACGUUGCACAUGUCCCACGUUUGAUAACUUGGCAUUCACGUCACCAGUCGGUCCAUCAAGGUACUCACCCACCCAUAUUUUCAUUUCGUGGCUGCUUUGAGCAACCAACCAGACCCUCAAUAUUACAGGAAUUUAAUUUAGGUAUAUACCUACCUUACAUACAUACCUAUGUACAUACACAGCGGCAAAAGCUAUACACCAUGCCUUACAGAGUUUUAGAAUACGCAGCCGCAACGCAUUACUUUGUUUGGGUAUUGGAGGAAGGGUGGGAGGUGGUGUUUUUCGGGAUUGGAAAGCUGAUGCCCUUCACUGGAUGGGCGGGUGCUAUACAUAUAGCUCAAAAUUGCAUAUUGUUUCUUCUUUUAGGUAGACAAUGAUAUAGUAUAUACAAAUAGCGAAAUAUGGAUGCAUCAAUAACUGCAUAA